AUGCCGAAAUCUGAGACCAAGAAACAACAAUCCAUUUACUGUAGACAGGAAUACAGUCACGAUACGAUCGUCUUUAACCCGGCUAUUCCAGUAGAAUCGUUGAAAAUGAUUAGACCUAACAACGUGGACAGUAUCACAGUUACAUAUAUAAGUCCGAGAAAUAGCAGGCCAAAACCUGUUGUUGAGGACGAAAAGCCGCAAAAGCUUGUACGUUUCCCGCAACAGCCAUAUGCUGUGGAGGUAGUGAUCAAGGUAACAAGAGACGAUCGCAACGAACCGAUGUCUUUCCAAGUAUCUAUAUGGGCAUGUUAUGAAGUUGUCACUGAGACGACGCCUUCAGUUCCGACAGCAUCCUCGCCAUCUACCACCUCUGUGGUCAGUACAUCCUCUGUCUACACGUCUGCACCAUCAUCGAGCUCUUCUUAUACUGGUUCUACAAGCAGCUCGUCUCCUUACACUUCUACAACCGUCUUCAGCUCUGUUCAUAUGGUUCUACAAGCAGCUCACCUACUUACACUUCUUCAAUGUCUUUAA